AUGAUCGAUACUCAUAAUGUCAUAGCACAGUCAUUUCGAAGAGUCAGAGAAUUCUAUCAGUAUCAUCCAUCCGAGAUAUUCUCUUUGAAGUUGUAUUCGCAUAGGAAGGUCGAUCGAAGAAAUUACAAUACUCCCUCUUGUGAUGAAGUUGCUGCUCUGAUUGUUGAAGAUUUUGAUUCGUCGGAUCAUGGUCAUGACAUUAUUGUUCGAUCUACUGCUAGUCAGUUGCAACGUAUCUAUGAAACUCAUGCUCUGUAUUGGCCUUUACAGUAUCCGUUGUUGUUUCCAUAUGGCGAGGAUGGUUACCAGUUGAAUAUUCGAUAUCGAGGUCAACAGGAGGGAUAUGUCCCUGGAAGAAGAACAAGGGUUUCUCACAGGGAAUUCAUAUGUUUUCGUUUGCAGAUUAGGGAGCAAGAAGAUGGAAUUAUUCACAAGUGUAGGCGAUUAUUUCAACAAUUUUUUGUUGAUUGUUUCACGAUGAUUGAGUCCCAAAGGUUGUAUGAGAUUAGAAUGAAGCAAAGUACAAUUAGAGGAGAAGUGCUCCAAGGAAUAAAAGAGGCUAUGCGUCGUGGUGAUGACGAAGCUUCUUCAAUUGGGACACGAGUCAUCUUGCCUUCUUCGUUCACUGGUGGUAGACGUUAUAUGUUUAAUCGUUGUCAGGAUGCGAUGGCAAUCUGUAAACAUUUUGGCUAUCCAGAUUUAUUCCUUACUAUUACGUGUAAUCCAAAUUGGUCUGAAUUUCAGCGGUUCACGGAGCGAGAGCAAAUUCCCAUCGCUGAUCGUCCUGAUAUCUCUUGCCGGGUUUUUCAUGCUAAGUUGAAAUGCCUACUAAGCGAUCACAAGGAAGAUAUGUAUACUAUUGAGUGCCAAAAAAGAGGUCUACCGCAUGCACACAUGUUACUAUGGCUUAACGGGGAAAGCAACUUACAAAGUGUUGAAACUGUUGAUGAAUUCAUCUGUGCCGAACUACCCAAUCCACAGAAAUUUCCAUCUCUUUAUAAUGUUGUCACCAAGUACAUGAUCCAUGGUCUUUGCGAUCUUCUUAGACCGAGUUCUCCCUGCAUGAAAGAUGGUAAGUGCUCAAAAUUUUAUCCGAAAAGAUUUGUUGAUCAAACGAGCUUUGAUGAAGAUGGCUAUCCGUUUUAUAGACGUCGUAAUAUGGGUGUGACAGUGAAGAUCAACAACGUUGAUAUUGACAACAGAUUUGUUGUGCCUUAUAAUCCACUGCUGUUAAUGAAAUAUCAAGCUCACAUAAAUUUUGAGUUCUGUAACAAGUCAAAUGUCAUCAAGUAUCUUUUUAAGUAUAUCAAUAAGGGUCCGGAUCGGGUCACUGCAACUGUUGGAGAAACAUAUAAUGUUGGUGAAUCUUCUCAGGUGGUUGAUGAGAUCAAGCAGUAUUAUGAUUGUCGUUAUUUAUCACCAUCUGAAUCCAUGUGGAGAAUUUUUGCUUAUGAUAUUCAUCAUAGAUGGCCGUCAGUACAGAGGUUGACUUUUCACUUGCCAAAUCAGCAGCAUGUUGUAUUCGAUGAUGCUGAUAUCACUACUCAUGUUUAUUUGCGCAACAAAGAUUUGCUGAUGAUGUUUACGGCUUGGAUGAUGGUCAACAGGCGGUUCCCGGAUGGGCGGUCUUUAACAUAUGUGGAAUAUCCAGGAAAAUUUGUCUACUGUUCGAACAGUAGGGAAUGGAAGCCGAGACAGAGGGGAUUUUCAAUUGGAAGAUUGAGUUUCCCUCAUCCCGCAGCUGGUGAACUUUUCUAUAUGCGGAUGCUUUUGAAUGAGGCAUGUUCUGCGAUGGGAUUCUUGAUAGAUGAUAAGGAGUAUGUUUCUGCUAUUAAGGAAGUCGUCGAGGUAGCGUUCGCUGCAUAG